GAGUUACUUAUGGUUAACUAUAAUGAGUUUUGAUAUGUGGUGCACAUUCAGAGGAUUUUGUUCGUUACAAAGAAACAUCAUACGAGAAAAAAGAAAGUUGAUAUAUUAUACGAUCUUUGCGUGGGGAUGUCCCUUUGUGCUUGCUAUUUUAUCUGUCAGCAUGGAAAUUCUUUCCGCGUACGUAAAAGUACCACCGAUUUUGCGACCGGAAUUUUAUUUAGCAAAUUGCUGGUUUAAUGAGACUGGUCCGUAUGUGUUGUAUUUUUAUGGGCUCAGUAGUAUGUGCGUCAUCAGUAGCAAUUGUUUAUCUAUUUAUACGGCAUUAAAAAUUGCGCGUUUCAAAAAGGAAUCGGGUCCUUGUCUGAAAGAUUCGGAGAAUAAAUGCUUUAACGAUAAUAAAAAAUGGUUUAAUUUAUAUCUGCAGCUAUUUAUCGUGCUAUUUAUCUUAAUAGGCAUACAAUGGCUAAUGAUAACAGCGUCAUUAGCUGACAAUGUAUAUGAAAUUUACUACUGGUAUGGUAUGAGUUUGAUGGACAUUAUGCAGAGUCUGUGCGUCUUUAUCAUAUUUGUGUGUAAAAAAAGGAUCAAGCGUAUGUUAUUCAAGCGAUUCGGCUGCGGUUUGUCGCCAAAUGCUUGACACGGAUCGAAUGCAAC